AUAAACUUAAGAAAAAAGCAUAUUAAAUAUAUUAAACAAAAGUAAUUUGCAAAAUAUUAAAAAUUCAUGUCUACAUUUUUAGGCAACCAAGAAAAGACAGUAUAUAUCGAAGAUGUUAUUCAACAAUAAAAGCCUCAAAAAAAUAAUAUUAGCCCUUAUUUGACAGAUAAAGAUAGGGAAAGAGGAUUUUUUCCAAGCUGCCGAACAGAUAGAUUUGAUUGGUAAAAAAAUAAUGCAAUGUUGGAUUUAAAUACCAACAAGAAGCCUGCUUAAUAGUAAGAAUAAGACACUCAAGGAAAAUGGAAUAAGUUGAUAAUGAAAACAGAAAAUGAAAGAGUUUCUAGGAGGUGUAUUACUCCUAAUUCAAACACAUAUUAAUCCUCGUAAAGAGUUUUGAAUCCAAAUUUACUUGGAACUCCAAAAUUUGAAGGCAUUAAGGUUUACAAAAACCAAAUUAACGACAACUGGUAAAAAAGAAGACAAGAUGGUCAUGAAAAAGCUAUUGAAUUUAAACAUUAAAAAAAUAUUGAUUAAUAUAUUCCAAAUGAAUUUGUCAUUCCAAACACAGAAGGCAGAGAAAAAAGAGAUUUUAGUCGCUUAGGUAGGACAGAGUUCAGUAAUAGAGAAUAAAUAUCAUAGAUCUUAGUUGAUAAAUCUUUGAAUAACAUUUGUGAUGAUUCUAAAAUCAGUAAAUCUUUAACUCCUGAUCGUUGUUUGUAUUAAAAAACUCACUUAAAAUCUGGUCUAAUCCCAACUGAAGAGAGGAAUGAAAUGCAAAGAAUUAAUAGAAGUAAAAGUUAAAAAUAAUAAGGAGGUUAAAUAAAAUAUCUUUUAACAGACAACUCAUCUAUAAUAAGUAAUAAUACUAAUAACACUCAUAACACAUGCAGUGUUGAAAAAAUCAGUAAAAAGUAUGUAAAUAAAUAGCUAAAGCACAAAAUUAAUGAAGAAAGCAAAGAUUUUUGGAAAGACAUGACUUAAAAUGAUGUUUGGAAAGAAGAAAUUUAACUUCGAAAUGAAUUUAAGUAUGGAAGAAACUGUACAAGAGAGUAUAUUUUGUAAGAGAAUCCCAUGUUUAAAGAAGGUUCCGCUCAAUCUUAUUUAGACUUUAUUUCUGAAACUAAUUUGAAAACUGACUUGCAAAGAAAAAAAUAAAAUACUGUUAAAACUACUCAAUAGAGACCUGCAUGCUCUAAGAGUCCUCAAAAUAAGUUUUAAGAUAAUAUAUUAACUAAUACAUCUUCAGCUAAUUACUCUCAAAAAGAUUUAAUAGUCGAAAAUCGUGUUAAUUCGAAAUCCCCAUUCAAGAAUUCUUAAAAAGAAAAAAGUGAAAUUCAUUCAGUUUUAUCCUAUAGGACAUGUGAUAAUAAUUAAUAAAAACAAUCCUUAAAUUAUAAAUUAUAAAGCGAAUAUUCUAAAUCUCCUAGCUCAAAAUUUAAUACAAAUGUCUUGAGAAACAGCAUAAAAGAAAAUUUAACUUAUUCAAAAUCCCCUGCAAGAAACUCAUUCUUAACAAGAAGUGAAACUCACUCAAACUUAAAUUUAUACAAAUAAAAUUAGCAUAAUAAAUAGGUUUCAUAGCUUUCUAAAUCUCCAAGUGCAAGAAUAAUAACUAAUCAAGAAUAUCCUAAACUUUAAUCUAAAUCUCCUUCUAGAUAUCAAUCUAAUAAUACUUAUAGUAAAAUAUAUUCGUCUAAUAACUCCAACAACUAGUAAAAAAAUUAGAGGAUUAACAACGAGUAAUAAAACGCAAGACAAAAUUCAAAAUCACCUUCUUAAGUUAGUUAAAGAGCACCUCUAUCCUAAGUAAAUAACAACUCGAAUAAACAAAUAUAUUAAAACAGACCAAGAUAGUAAAAUCAAUAAAAUGAUGAUAAUACUUCUAUUAAAAGCAUAGUCUAGAAUUUAUUCUAAGAAAAGUCUAAUUACCAAAACCAAUAAAAUAGAACUCAGAAAGAUAAUAAUGACAAUUUUUCUAUCCUUUCUUACAGUGUGAGUUAAAUUGGAGGAUGCUCUAAGGAAUAGCAAUCUCCCAUAAAAAAAUAUGGAAAUAAAUCUUGUUUAAAUGAAGGAAUUUUAUUUUAUGAAGAUUCUUCAGUCAUAUCUCACAUAUCAAAAUUAAAUAAAAGCUAGGUUAGCUAAAUAACAACUUAAAACAAAAAAAUAAUAAAUUAAAACUAAGAUAAAGAAAAUGUUUAAUUUGCUUCAUAAACGGUCAAAAAACAAAGAGAAAUGAGCAAGAGUCCAAGGUCUAGUAAAAUUGGCAGUUCUCAAGUAGGUUCAUUAUUAAAGCAUUUUUGA